CGGGCAGCAACACUGGAGUAAACACGACGCGAACUGCGAAAAAUGGCGACAUCGAAGAGUGCGAACACCUAUAACCGGCUCAACUGGGAAGAAGCCGAAUUCCCCAUCCUCUGCCAGACAUGCUUGGGCGACAACCCGUACGUACGCAUGACCAAGGAGCGAUUCGGCAAGGAGUGCAAGAUAUGCUCGCGCCCUUUUACCGUCUUCCGAUGGUGUCCCGGCGGCCGGAUGCGCUUCAAGAAAACCGAAGUCUGUCAGACGUGCAGCAAGCUCAAGAACGUCUGCCAGACCUGCCUGCUGGACCUGGACUACGGCCUGCCGGUGCAGGUGCGCGACAACGCGCUCAGCUUGCGCGACGACAUGCCCAAGUCGGACGUCAACAAGGAGUACUACUCGCAGAACAUGGAGCGCGCCGUGGCCGACGGCGACCCCAGCCAACCGUACGGGGCUCUCGCCAAGGCGCAGAGCCCCAGCGACCUCCUGAUGAAGCUGGCGCGUACCACGCCUUACUACAAGCGCAACCGACCUCACAUCUGCAGCUUCUGGGUGAAAGGCGAGUGUAAGAGAGGCGAGGAGUGCCCGUACCGGCACGAGAAGCCCACGGAUCCGGACGAUCCGCUGGCCGACCAGAACAUCCGCGACCGCUACUACGGCGUCAACGAUCCGGUGGCUGACAAACUGCUGCGCCGUGCCGCCGCCAUGCCCAAACUGGAGCCGCCGGAGGACAUCUCGAUAACCACGCUGUACGUCGGCAACCUCGGCGACCGGCUGACGGAGAAAGAUCUGCGCGAUCACUUCUACCAGUACGGCGAGAUCCGCGGCGUCACCAUGCUGGCGAGGCAGCAGUGCGCCUUCGUCCAGUUCACCAACCGCGUCAGUGCCGAGCUGGCCGCCGACAAGACGUUCAACAAGCUCAUCCUGGGCGGCCGCCGACUCGUCAUCAAAUGGGGACGCCCGCUGGCGCGCCAAGCGACGCCGUCGGGGCCCGAAGGCACCGAAGGUCGACCCUCGGGACCGCCGCUCGAACCCGUUCCGGGCCUACCGGGCGCCCUGCCGCUGCCACCCGACGAGCUGGCCAACAACUACUUCAACCUGGCCCCGCUGCACCCUCCUCCCGUCCCGUUCGCGCCGCCCCCGCCGCCGCCCGCGGCGUUCCUUGCCCCGCCGGGGGAGACGGUGCUCCCCCCGCCGCUCCCGCCUCCUCCAGGACUCGCGCCCCCGGGAACAGUGCCCCCGCUGCCGCCGGUACCACACAUGCGCGCGCCCAUCCACUACCCGUCUCAGGAUCCCCAACGUUUGGGCAGCAGGGGCAAACCUUAGAAGAGCAGCACGUCCUCCUUUUUUGCAUUCCUCGGCUCGCUCCUAUCUGAGUGGCAGCGACGAGAAGAAAGAAAAACCUCUCGAAUGUAAAGGCACAGCCUUGUGAGUGCAACCACAGCGAGUGUGUGUGCUUAAUGGACUGGCAUGACUUGAGCCAAAGCGGUGAUGCGCCCUGUCAGCACAGUUGCGGCACACCGAGCCGUGGUUACCACAGUUUGGGGUGUAAUUUCAUUUUUUUUGUUUCUCUGUUCACUGGCUGAGAGGAAUAUACCUGUUAAUGGUGCCGCUUUUAUGAAAUCUACUGUUAUCCCUGUUUCACACGAUGCGAUUGUGCUGAUAUGAGAUUACAGUUACUGUACACGAGCCUCCGACCUCUCCCUCUGGGUUCUUUUAUGUUUGUGGUACAAAAUUUCACAGCAGUAUUACUCGUAUCGCGUAGACAAAUAAUUCACAACAAUGGGGACUGUAAUACCCCUGUCACACGGCAAAUCUAAUGUCAUUUACAGCUAAUGUCAUUCGUUUGUAAUGGCAUUUGUUUGCUGUCACACGGGGAAACUAAUGCCAUUUGAUGAAAAUUACAUUUUCUGUCGAAUGAGUUCCCGAAACACAUUCGCAUUCGAUUUCAGACCGAAUGCGUAGUCUCGACGCCAGGGACCUUUUAGGGAGAUAACUGUUGACCUAUGUAUGCGUAACUUUUGUAAUUCGUAAAUAUCUUAUUAUUUACUAGAUUAACUUAUUACUGGUUUGAUCACGUAACAGCACGCGCGAAAGUUUCUGAAAGAAAGCUACUCUCAACUAGAGCGGCUGGUCGCCGGCCAUGUUUCAUUUGUGCUCUCUUGUUGUUGCCCGUAUCGCGGGUGUUGAUCGUCCGAUUGCACGUGUUGUGGUGAUCAAGGUGGUGACUACACGAAUUAGCUGCCGCCGUCUCAUUUCUGCAGCCGGAGUGUCAGUCGCGCUCGCACGCUUUAGUUCACUGCACCAACGCCCGGUCAUAUCGUCGGCCAUGUUGGUUUUCGAUUAGUUCUUGGCUUGACUUCUUUUGUGUCGUACAGCUAUGGCAAGUUGUGUAAAACGGCUGCGUUUAUAUUCUUCGAGCAGCUUUUUGGUGAUAGAAAAUUAUUUUCGAGGAUACACGCAUGUGAGAUGCAAGUUUUAAUAUAUUUUUAUUUCUCCCAACGUCACGGCUCAGGAGGGCUAAGGUCAUGGUCAUCAUUUUAAAAUGACAUUUGUUUUCGUCGUGUGACAGCAGGAAGGUAAAAUGACAUUAAGUUCACCUAAUGUCAUUUGUUGUAAAUGACAUUUGAUUUGCCGUGUGACAGGGGUAUAAAGGACGUUACUGUUGCCUGAAUGUUCAUUUUUACUUUGGUAAGGGUAAUGACAAGAUACUUGUAUACAUAAUGGGAAAAUUGCAAAUGAGUUCUGCAGAAUUCCACAAGGUGGCAGAAGGGUUAAGAAAGGGAAAAAUAGGAAAACUGCUUUCUUAAUAGGAAAACUGCUAUAGAAACCCACGCAUUCAGUAGUCCCUGGAUAAAUUUCAUGGUGUCAUGCCUUUCCACAUGACGUCUAUGCAGGUUUCCAAUCCUCCUUUUUUCAUUUUCCUGUGCUGCCCUCUGACAUUCUUGUAAGAUUUAGUAGAGGGGCAAAGUUUUGUGUGGUGAUCCGGGUCAGCUGGGAUAACCAGAAUGAAAGCCUCCAAGAUCGAGAAGCUUGCGGAGACGAUAUCAAAACGUUCCACACCUUUUCCACUAGGGAAAGCGGACAUACACCGUUGCGCCAUAAAAAAGGCGUAUUGGCUAUCACCAAACCACCUUUUCUGAACCCCUUCAAAGUGAACAGGAUACUGAUGCACACUGAAGGUGCUUUACUUCACGUGUUUUUGUGCUGUACAAGAGAACAGUGCAGUUCGUGCUACAUAACUUGUUAAGUAGCACAAAUGGGCAUGGGGCAUGACAGAAUAGCACUGUCUUUUUAUCUUUUCUGUUCUGCCUUUGCACAAUCACUGUAUCCUAUCGUGCUAUUCAUGCUGUACUUUAUGUUAUGUAGCAGCAAAAGACCAAAUUUAAGCUCAUUGUUCAGCAAACUAGGGUAACAGUACCGCACAUUGUUCAGCAGAACCAGCAUGUUUUGAAAGUCAAAUUUCUUUGAUGCAAACAUACAAGAGGGGACUUUUCAGAAACAAGCCAGAGAUAAAGAGUAACUGAACCAGUGAUUUUAAGUAUCUGCUUUGUAGCUUCAAGCUGCUUAUGGUACUGAAGUGGUCCUGUUAGCGAGUUCUUUUGUUAGCCGUAUUGAAAUAUUUUUAUGUAGUUACCUCUGCAUUUCUACCACUGUCACAUGGGCACAUGUGAACCCCAUUGAAGUAUAAACAUCAAAAAGCUGCACUGUGCGUUUCAAAUACUUUGCCAUUAUGCCGAGGGAGAUUCAUUCAGUGCCAUAUAGUUGCCCUUAUCCAAAGGAAGUCUAAUUGAAUUUUCUCACUGAAAUAGUUUGCUGAUUUCCCUGGAAUGCUGAAUAUGUUACUCUUAUUGCAGUAAAGCUGAGGUGCGGAAAAAAACAAAAAAACUCCAAAUGCAGAAUCGUUGUUGUCAACUCAGUAGUGAAUUUUAGCAAUAUGAAAGUUGUUUCGUUGCGUAUUUCAUUUGUAACAUGCAUUAUUAAAAACUGAUUGAAUGCAUGUGCUCUCUCACUAUAAAGCUUUCCCU